AUGUCACGCCGUACGCAGGUCCGUGGGCCUACGUCGGCGCUGACCGAGUUUCUAGCUUCGCAAGGGAUCAGCGCAAGUGCGAUGCGCAAGCGUGGGGCACAAGCGCGUGAAGACGACCAGCCUCCUGCCUCUGACCCAGCCUCUACGCCAGCUCCUUUACCUGCUAUUCAAUCCAAGGCACGACCAAAAAUCCGGGCGGGCGCCUCCCUGCAGUUUGACGAGGAUGACGACGAUCUUCCCUCGCCGUCCCCCCUCGAGACGCCGAUCGCUCCGCCACCGGCCAAACGGGCUGCUGUCCCAGAAAGUGUGCCCCUUCGACCUGGCGAGCCCGUGUCUUGUGCUAUAUGUGGUGUCCAAUUCUCUAUUACACGAUACACACGCGUGGAGCCAGGGAUCGGCGCCCUGUGCUGGAAAUGCAACAAAACCGUGCCCAAGCAGCCCCGUGUGAAGGCAGCACCUCGAUCGCGUGUAUCGACCUCCCAAAGCGCCUCCUCUAUAGGUGCCGUAAUUGAUGGCGCUAUCGAGCUACCCACGCUGCAGCAUAUUUGCAUUCAGAUUGUCGCAGAACAUAUUCACCAGGUGAAAGCCCUCGACCAGCUUCGCGAGAGUAGUAUGCACAACUUGAGCCGUGUCAUCAGCAAGAAUCGCAGCUUGACGCCAGCGACGCUUCCCCUCUUUUUGUCGCCGACCAUACGUGAGCUCCGAUUGUUUGACUGCAGUGCUCUUGAUCCUACCUCUCUUCAAUCGAUUCCCAUAUUCGCCCCGAACAUUGAGGUACUGCAAUUGCAGUACUGUGGCCAACUCAACAAUGAUGCGUUUGCCUCGCUAGCGACACUCCCGCAUUUGCGUGUGCUCGAUCUGUAUGGUCCUUUCCUUGUUUUUCGCGAGGCAUGGCUUCGCUUUUUCCCGCAAUGUGGCGCUCAGCUUACACAUCUGCGCCUACGUGAGACACCGCGUUUUGAUCAUUCGUGCAUGCAGGCGAUGGUCACACAUUGUCCACGUCUGCAAGAAGUCGCGCUGGCACAAAUUGGGCCUCUAGAUGACGAGGGUGUCCAUCUUUUAUCGUCUUUGGGGCACCUAACACACCUGGACGUUUCACAGCCAGGUGUAUCCCAGCCUGGUAUACCCCCUGCCUCGCUCACUGACCAAGGCAUGGUCCCCCUGUUGAACGCCCGCGGAUCGCAACUAGAGAGUCUCCACUUGUCCAAAAACCAUGAGCUAGGUGAUGCUACCAUCUCAGCGCUCAAAACCUGCUCUCGUCUUGAGACGCUGAUGGUCGACAUGCUGGAACACGUUACUACAUCUGUAUGGGCAUCUACGUUGGCUGCGCUUCCUGCGUUGCGUCAUAUUUCUCUGGCCUGCUGUGCGCUGGAAGACGAUGCCCUGAUCCCAUUGCUGCAAACAGCACGGCACUUGACAACCUUGCGCAUCAAUGGCAACGAUGCGCUUACGCCUCGUGUCUUUGAAGUCCUAGCCACGGAGGCCCCACCGCUCGAAGAGCUGGAUCUCGGAUUUGUGCGUUGUGUCGACGAUCAAAUAUUAUCUACAUUAAUCCAGGCGAUGCCGACGUUACGCAAGGUGUAUGUCUUUGGGUGUUUUCAAGUGGCCCAUUUCACGUCCCAACGUGUCACGAUCGUGGGCCGCGAACGACGUUGA